UUCCCCCGCCCUUUCCAGUAGGGUUGUUCUCCUGCAACUGAGACAGCCAUGGAGAAGAGUGGGAACAUUCAGCUGGAGAUUCCUGACUUCAGUAACUCUGUCCUGAACCACCUGAAUCAGUUACGCAUGCAGGGUCGCCUGUGUGACAUUGUGGUCAAUGUGCAGGGGCAAGCUUUCCGUGCUCACAAGGUGGUACUGGCUGCCAGCUCGCCCUACUUCCGUGACCACAUGUCCUUGAACGAAAUGAGCACCGUUUCCAUUUCUGUCAUCAAGAACCCUUCUGUUUUUGAGCAGCUCCUUUCCUUUUGUUACACCGGUAGGAUAUGUCUGCAGCUGGCCGACAUCAUCAGUUACCUAACGGCCGCCAGUUUCUUGCAGAUGCAGCACAUCAUAGACAAAUGCACACAGAUACUUGAGGGAAUUCAUUUCAAAAUUAACGUGGCAGAGGUGGAAGCGGAAUUGAGCCAGACCAGGACAAAGCAUCAGGAGAGACCACCGGAGUCUCACCGGGUGACACCAAAUCUCAACCGUUCUCUGAGCCCGCGUCACAACACCCCAAAGGGGAGUCGUCUGGGCCAGGUUAGCACCGUGCUGGACAUUCGGGAGCUCAGCCCACCUGAGGAGUCCACCAGCCCUCAGAUAAUUGAGCAGAGUUCGGACGUGGAAGGCAGGGAGCCCAUACUACGAAUUAACAGAGCAGGACAGUGGUACGUUGAGACGGGAAUGGGAGACCGCGGGGGACGGAACGACGACGACGUCCGGGUGCUGGGAGGAGUACGCAUUAAAACCGAGAACCUGGAGGAGUGGCUUGGGGCAGAGCAUCAGCCAUCGGGAGAAGAUGGGAGCAGUGCUGAGGAGGUCACUGCUAUGGUGAUCGACACCACAGGCCAUGGAUCAAUGGGCCAAGAGGCUUACGCAUUAGGAUCCUCAGGUGCCAAAGUGGUCAGGCCAACCAGCAGUGAGAUCGAUAGAUUUAGCCCUUCUGGCAGCAUGGUUGCUGUGACUGAACGGUACAGAUCAAAAAGCGAGUCUCCCGGGCGGAUGGAUGAGCCUAAGCAGCCCAGUUCCCAGGGGGAGGAAUCAGCCAUGCUGGGAGUGAGCGGUUAUGUGGAAUAUCUCCGAGAGCAGGAGGUUUCAGAGCGCUGGUUCCGGUACAACCCACGGCUCACUUGUAUUUACUGCGCCAAAUCCUUCAACCAGAAAGGCAGCCUGGAUCGGCACAUGCGUCUCCACAUGGGUAUCACACCUUUUGUCUGCCGCAUGUGUGGGAAGAAGUACACCCGCAAGGAUCAGCUGGAAUAUCACAUCCGCAAGCACACAGGCAACAAGCCCUUUCAUUGCCACGUCUGCGGCAAAAGCUUCCCUUUCCAGGCCAUCCUCAACCAGCACUUUCGCAAGAACCACCCUGGCUGUAUGCCUCUGGAGGGGCCUCACAGCAUCUCCCCUGAGACCACGGUCACGUCUCGGGGGCAGGCAGAGGAAGAAUCUCCUCCACAGGAGGAGGCUGUCGCUGUUGUGGAGACGGCACAGGGAUCUGUGUCCACCACUGGGCCAGAUUGAAACACAGCUGCAGAGUCUGGGGAGAAAGGACCGUCUUCCCAUUUUUGGCUCUAAAGUACCCGGCAGGCUGGUACUGUAAUUAGUGCAAUGCCACCACUGGACAGAAGGAAGCUCCCAAGAUGUUGCCAAAAUAGAAAAAUCUUUCUCUCUCUCUCUCUCUUUCUCUUUCUCUCACACACCCCCACACACACACGUAGAGUGUUGAAAGUUUUUCUCCCUUAUUCCUCCUCCUCUUGGAGAAAAACCGAACAACUGUGUCAACCAACUUCUUAUUCAGGGAUCGACAGGAUUUUACAUUUUUUAAUGUUCCGUAGUGAUCUGAGACGAGCAGUCAUUUGUAUUUCUCAACAGCAUUUUGGCCCAGCAGCUGGGGCCCGCUGGCAAUACUGGCAUCAGCCAUGCAGACCCAGUGAGCCUAGUGUGCAGGGCUGCUCUUUGCCAUAUCUGCUGGUCCAGCUCAAGGGGGAUUCAGGGGUAAGAUGCCAUUGCCUUUCUCCCUUCCCCAGGUAGCUGCCAUGUUAAAGAAAACAGAAAGACUGUCCUGGUGGAA